AUGACUGCCGACUCCCUCGAAAAGGACUUUCUCUCGAGCCGAUUUCUCCGCCACGUCCAGCUUGACCUUUACACGCCGCUCCACGGUACACUUUGUGCUGGCGGUUAUUUGCGUGCAGCCAUCAACGUCGACGAAGCCGACUGCGACACGCCAAAGCUCGAGUUGUCUGCCAACUCGGUGCUGGCCACCUUGCUCGAAUUCAUCUCGCUGUCUGGUCUCGUGCUCAAAAUCUACCUUGACGAUCUGCCCAGCUUCCAGAGAUUGCCAGGCACUGAUCAAGGCGAUGCCCGAACGCUCAGGCCUACUUGCCCUAAACUUGUCAAGUCUGUCGAGCCAUUGUCGACGACGAGUCCGAGUUUUCACAGCGUCUCUAACUCCGGACGCCUUCUCUCAGAUUUUCCAGCUCGCAAGACGAGCUCGUGUAAACCGGAGCUCACCAUCCUGGCGUCGCCGGAGCUGCGCAACUACGACUAA